AUGCUUUCCAAGUCUAUCGCAACUUUCGCGACUCUUGCCGCCAUUGUAUCGGUACAUGCUGCUCCUGUGGCAAGUUCAUCCUCGAAUUUGCUCAGUAAGCUCUACGGCAGCAGUAGUCCAGCUGGCGCUCCUGCGGCUCCGACUGAGGCCGCUGGUGGUGACACCACCCCUUUCGUGUAUCCUCUCAGCAACGGAUUCCCUGCCAACAAUCUCUCCAAGGACUCCAUCGCCGCCAUCCAAGCUCAAGCAUUUGGCACUAUCCCCAACGGCCCAGCGCCCGCGUCUCUCGCCAACGACGACAUCACCUCCCUUGAACUCAUUGCUUUCAACGAGAUCUUCGAGGUGGCCUUCUUCACAGACCUCCUGUACAACGUGACUAAUAAAGUCCCUGGAUACGAGGUCAGCAACGACGCGGACUACCAACAGCUUGUCGCAACCAUCACUGCCGUCCAAGCCCAAGAAGAGCUCCACGCCUUGUUCGCCAACAGUGCCGUUGCCGCUUUUGGCCACCCAGCAAUUCAGGGCUGCGCAUACAACUUCCCUGUCAGCACUCUCAAAGACGCUCUCAGCCUAGCCAAGCUCUUCACCGACGUCGUUCUCGGUGUCCUUCCAAACAUCCAGAGCCAUUUCGCCGCCAACGGCGACGCCGCCCUCAUCCCAGGUGUUGGGUCCGUCAUCGGUCAAGAAGGCGAGCAGAACGGCUACUACCGUACCGCUUUGGGCCUGGUCCCAUCUGCCCUACCUUUCUUGACGGCCAGCUCUCGCGCCUUUGCGUUCUCGGCUCUCAAUCAAUUCUUCGUUAUCCCGGGCAGUUGCCAGGCGAGUGUGAGCCAAAUCAACCUGCCAAUCUUUCCUGCCUUGGCUGUCUCACCCGCGCAACCUAAUGCUACGACUCAGACCUUGACUUUCUCCUCGAGCAGCGACUGCAGCAAGGCUGCGGCUUUGGUGUACAUCAACCAGCAGAACACACCCAUCGUUGUGGAUAUUACGCAAAGCGGCAGUGGCGUGUUCACCGCCAACUUCCCCUACAGCGACAAUCUCAUGAACGGGUUGACUAUUGCCGCACUUGUCAGCAGCAAGGGGCCGUUUGCCGAUGCGGACGCGGUUGCGGCAGCGACAAUAGCUGGUCCGGCGUUCAUUGAGAUCAACUAG